AUGGCAUCGAAAACGGGUGGUAACGCCUGGAUUGUGGCUGCAAUAGAUUUUGGAACAACAUACAGCGGUUACGCGUUUUCAUUUAGUGGCGACCCAUUAACAUUUUAUUCCCCAGGAGUAUGGUAUUCCGGACAGGGAGGCAUGUCUUCAAUGAAGACUCCUACAUGUUUAUUGCUGAACCCAAACCAGACUUUCAAUUCAUUUGGAUUUAAGGCGGAAGAACUAUUCGCCUCACUGGCAUCUGAAGAUGAACAUCAAGGGUAUUAUUUUUUCCAGAGAUUCAAGAUGGAUCUUCAUUUCAAGAAUGUGAGAAAAGAUUUAUAUAUUGACGACGUAUCUGGAAAAUCGCUUUCAGCCUUGAAAAUCUUUUCUCUGUCAAUCAAAUACCUCAAAGAUCAUUGCCUCAAAACAAUGAAGGACAGAGGAAUAGAACCCGGAGAGACGGAAAUCAAAUAUGUCCUGACGGUUCCUGCCAUUUGGAAUGAUCGUUCAAAAAAGUUUAUGAGAACUGCAGCUAUUGAAGCUGGUAUAAAGGAUAAUCGCCUAGAGUUAGCUUUGGAACCAGAAGCAGCCUCUGUUUACUGUCAGCGAGUCCCUCUAGAAAAUCUAAAACUUGGAACUGGGAAAUCUAUUACGGUUUCUGGCGCUAGAUAUUUAGUUGCAGAUAUUGGAGGAGGUACAGCAGAUUUUAGUGUUCAUGAAGUUGACGAGGAUGGCUCAUUGACAGAACUCUAUCGAGCCAGUGGAGGACCGUAUGGAGGAAUAUACGUUGAUGAAAAAUAUAUGAAGAUAUACGAUAUUAUUUUUGGUAAAGGAACGUUAGAAAAGCUCAGAAUUGAUGAUAUGGAAGAGUACUUGACAAUCCUCAGAGAAUUUGAAAACAAAAAACGUUCGAUUACUCCAGAUUUUCAGACUUCUUUUGUUACAAAGCUGUCAGCUGUGUUAAACGAAAAACGCUCUAAGGAGGACAGACUGAAAGCUAUUCAGUCCUCCUAUUUAAGAGAUCAGGUAACAUUUGUAAAAGACAAAUUGAAAAUUUUUCCUACUUUGAUGAAGAGUUUUUUCGAGGACACACUCGGUCAAAUCAUCCAGCAUGUUCGAAAAAUUUUAGAGACUAUUGAAAACAUUCAGCAUAUUCUCAUUGUUGGAGGAUACGGGGAAUGUAGUUUGUUACAAGAAAUAUUCCAAAAAGAGUUCCUGCAUAGAAACAUAAUUAUUCCCAAUGAAUGUAGCUUGGCUGUUAUUAAAGGGGCAGUGUUAUUUGGACAUAAUCCCUUAGCAGUAUCUUCAAGAAUCUUACGUUAUUCGUAUGGAGUAGCAGUUGAUCCAAAAUUUAAUGACAGUGAGCAUCCAUUGUCGAAUAAAUACAUCGACGAAGAAGGAGUCGCAAGAUGUUAUGACGUAUUCUCACAGCUGAUUUCAAAAAAUACAAAGCUUCCUUCAACUGGAUUAGAAUUAACCAAAAAAGGACAUCCUACCACAAAAGAUAAAAAACACUACAUUGUGAGAUUAUACUGCACGGAAAAGGACAAUCCGAAAAUAAUCGAUGAGAAUUUUCUGCCACUUGGCCGACUAAGAAUAUCAGUCCCUGAACAUGUGAAAGGAAGAUGGAGUGCUGAACAUGUUUUUACUUUUGGUAUGACUGAAAUCAAAAUUUCAGCAAGAGUAAUGGAAACUGGAGAAGCUGUAGAUGGUACAUUCGAUUUGCUUGAAUGA